AUGUCCUGUUUUCUUGGUUUGUUUUUUGUUCUACAUCCAGAGGGAGAGAGUCCUGUGAUGGAUGCCUGUUUCUCAUGGCAAAUCGACUUAUUUAAUAUAGUGUUUUUUUAGUAUUUCUUGUAUUCUCGAUUUGAGAUCUUUUUGUAUUUACAUUAAUUAAUGGAGGGACCCAAAAUAACAGUCGUAAUCAGAAAGAGACCACUGGGAAAGAAAGAGCUUGCGCGUGGUGAUUAGGAUAUUGUGCAAGUGAAGGAUUAAGCUACAAUCUUGUUGAGCGAGAUCAAGCAGAAAGUUGAUCUGACCAAGUAUGUUGAAUAGCAUCACUUCAAUUUCGACUUAGCAUUUGAUGAGAGUGUAAAUAAUGAGGGAGUUUAUGCUACUGCAGUGCGUCCAAUAAUCGAAGCAGCUUUCAAUAAAGCAAAGUGCACUUGUUUUGCAUAUGGAUAAACAGGCAGUGGUAAAACAUUCACAAUGCUUGGACUCUAUCUGAUGGCUAGUUAUGACCUAUUCAACAUAUUAUAAAGACCUGAGUAUGGCAAUUUAUACGUGACCAUUUCAUUUUAUGAAAUCUACUGUGGCAAAUUGUUUGAUCUCUUAAAUGAUAGAACCUAAUUGGCUGCUCAGGAGGAUGCCAAAGGUAAUGUUUAAAUCAAAGGAUUAACUGAAAAAAAAAUUCAAAAUGUUCAGCAACUCAUGCAAAUCAUACAACAUGGAUAGAACUCCAGAGUUACUUCACAAAACUCUGCAAAUUCUGAAUCCUCACGAUCUCAUGCCUUACUAUAAAUUAAUUUAAAGUAAGGCAAGCUAGUUCAUGGCAAACUCUCAUUUAUUGAUUUGGCUGGUAGUGAAAGAGGAGCUGAUGUUAGGGACUAAGACAAAACCACUAGAGUCGACGGAGCUGAAAUUAAUAAAUCUCUCUUGGCUUUGAAAGAGUGCAUUCGAGCUUUGGAUCUGAAUAAGAAUCACACUCCAUUCAGAGGCAGCAAACUUACUCUAGUACUCAAAGAUAGUUUGAUUGGCAAUUGUAGAACUGUCAUGAUUGGUAAUAUCUCACCAAGUAGUGCUAAUAGUGAACAUACACUAAACACAUUAAGAUAUGCAGACAGAGUCAAAGAAUUGAAGAAACCAUAAGAAUAGAAAUCAGGAGGAGAUGCACUCAAUCGAGAAUUGAUGUUAGCUAGAACAGAUACAAAUGUAGUUCGCAAGGAAUAUAAAAAUCCUGAUUCUGAAGAUGAAGAAGGAGAUGAUUUAUAUAGUGGACCCCAAGGAUCUUAAGGUGGGUUGACUCAGAUGAACAAUCAGAAAUAUCAAUAAUAUAAUAACAUGACAUCUUCAUAACAGUACUCACAAUAAUUUCAAUAUGCUUAAUAGUAAUAGUAAUAAUAAUUGCCUCCUUAACCACUACCCUAACAACCAGCGAGAACAUUAUCAGCUAAUUCAUAAUAAUAGAUGCAACAAUAAUAAUAAUAAUAAUAAUAAUAAUAACAAUAAUAAUACAAUUAAUAAUUCACUAAUCCCUAUGCCAAACAACCAUAACCGUAACAAUAACAAUAACAAUAACCUCCUAAUCUUCCAAAAUCCAAAAGUGCUUAACCCAAUCAACCAUAGCAACAAUAGUAAUCAUCAUCAUAAACACAAUUGCCAAAUCAACAAUUCUUUAUGUAAUAAUAACCAAUGAUGGUCCCAUAAUAACCCAACAUUUAUUAAUAAUAAUAAUAGCCAAAUCUAUAGCAAUUCAUAAAUCCAUAACCUUAGCCACAACCAUAGAUGUAUAGCAAUUUACAGAAAUAAAAUGCUGUUCAGCAAAACCAACUGUUAUAUCAACAAUAACAAAACCAAUUCCCUUAGCAAUAAAUGUUCUAGCAAUACCCUCAGUAAACCUAUGUCAACAACAAUCAGUAUUAUCCAAAGUAACAACCCUUGAUUCCUGGAAUGAAUCCAAUUCCUCAAUAGCCAAACAAUUUCAUGCCGCACUACUUGGAUAACAAUUUAAAUUAGUAACAAUAAGAUCCAUUUGUUAAUGACGAUUUUCAAGGCGAGGAUGUAGACAACCUAUUGUUGGAAGAAGUGGAUCCAGAAUAAGAGAUAUAGGAAUAAAGAAACUAAUUAUUGUCUUAACAACAUUAAGAGUUAGUGAACAAAGUAUUACAAGAAGAAGAUGAAAUCAUUGUGUUCCAUAGAGAUCAUAUCGAUGUAAUGGUCGAGAUCUGCAAAUCAGAUAUGAUUCUAUUGAAUUCAUUGGAUCAAAAUCAAGUGGCUGUGGCUGAUUAUAUGGUGAAGCUAAAAUAGAAUUUACAAGUCAAACAACAGGCAAUCAACGAUUUCAUAAGCAAGCUAGGACAAUACGAAUAGUUGCUGGAAUAAGAAGCUGAAUUAAAUGAAUAAUUGAAGGAGUUCGGAUUGGGUAAUAACUCAAAUUAAACAAAUAUAUAAUGA